AUGGUGCUGGACACUUCAUGGAAUCGAACGACUAUAGAAUUCGGACACAGAGGUGUAACUCCAGUCCACGUAGUGGCACUUCUUAUGGGAACCGUGAAUUGCCUUCUCAAUGGUCUCAUUUGGUCAGCUUUCCGCCGUUCCCCUCAAUUACUCACAAAACAUCACCUCUACCUUUUCUACGCAUUUGCGGUCACCAAUUUUUUCACAGGUUUCUUCACAAUACCUACCUACCUGAAUUUGUUCUAUCGAAACAACUUAAACUGUCCCAGAUGGUCCAUACUUAUCGGUUCAAGCUUUGAGAUUGGACUUGAUAAGGUCCGCCAUAUCAUUACACUCUCAAUUGCAGCAGAACGGAUUUUUGCACUUUUCCGACCCAGUGAAUACUUUUUCCUGGAUCAUAAAAUGAUAUCUCUGAAAAUUUGCGCAUUUGCUGUUCUAUGGGGAUUGGGUGAUAUGGUGUUUCUCAUUUUCGAAGAUGACAUUUUCAUGACUCGAAUCCACUGUGUCACGACUUCAUCAUCUGGUCCAGCCUUUCACUUGUACUUCCUUCUCUCUACGAUUUUUUUCGGUGUACUCCUUUCUCUUGCAUAUUUUCUAUUCAUCUGCAAACUAUUUGUCCUGCGAGAAACUCGAGUUGUAAAUGUCAAAAAACGAAGCCGCGAAAAUUUCCAGCAGGUUAACUCAUUGACAGUGAUGGUCAUUCUUCUUGUAGUGAUUUUCAAUGUACUACCAAGUCUUCUUUAUCUUUAUGAUAUGAUUAUUGGAGAGGUACAUUUCAUGAAAUGGGGACCAAUUAUCACCAUUGGUUACCACUGCUACGGUUCACUGUCAUUCUUUUUCUACAAUUGCCGUCAUCGAGAAAUUCGAGCAGCUUUGAAUAAAAUCGAAGUAAUCCGAAAUUUCGUCAACUGUGACAAGCCAUCGAAAACCAAUUCGAAAAGCGAGGCUAGUGGACAAUUCAGCAAUAUCAUCAAAGGAAUCCCCAACGUUAUAGUCUCGAAAUUUGGAAAUUCGAAGCCAACUUUAGUAGUGAUUACUGAUAGUAAUGAUAAUGAUAGCGAGAUAUUUCUGUGAUUUGUGUAUGUAUUCGUUAUAUUUUGUUUUUACAAUUAAUCUAUUCUCCUUAUUUGAUUCACUAUUUCUGAACACAAAUAUUUAUGUUUUCUUUUCUUUUCAUUUUUUCGUUGCCACCUCCCUUCCAAUCACCUCAUCUGAUCUCCAUUGUGAUUACUUUUUACUGAUUACUGAGUAAUUGUUCAUUUUGACCAUCUCUCGUUGCCACCGGGUUACCCUAUUACUUGCCAUAUCACGUGUCAGGCUACUUCAGUCUUUUUGUAUCAUUUUUUCAGUUUUUCACGCAAUAAAUGAAUUCAAUUUCA